AUGAAUGCUUUCCGCGUCAGGCACCUUGAACAAGCCCUCCAGCUAUACUACGCGCCGCACACCACUGGCCACCUGCCUCUGGACUUGUUCUUGAGACACUAUUACAAAUGCAAUAAGAGUGUCGGCAGCCAAGACAAGAAGUUCAUUACGCAGCACAUCUACCAGAUCGUCAAGUGGAAAGGACUCCUUGACCAUGUGACCCCGCCGCCCGCUUCUUGGUCCAGCCGGAUUCGCACUUACUUCGUCUCGGACAGAUGGAAGCUGCAGACGCAAAAUGAGAAGCUGCCGCCUUCAACGCGGACUUCUUUCCCACCCGAUUUAUUCAAUCGCAUUCAAAACGCCUACGGCACGGCCAAAGCCAUUCAUAUUUGCAACACGCUGAACGAAGAGGCCCCCACUUACCUGCGGACGAACACUCUGGCCAUAACUCGCGACCGCCUUUACAACUACCUUUUGAACAAAGGCGAGUCUUUUCGGAGCAGCAGCGACUCACCACCGCAGCUAGAGAAGCAAAAAGCUGCAUGCAUAGCAGUAGAAAAAAGCCCCAAUUCCCCUUACGCGCUGGUUCUCCCCCAGCGCCAACGUCUUGGCGAUUUGCCGGAGUUCCAUAGGGGGUAUUUCGAGAUCCAGGAUGAGGCCAGUCAGCUGGCAGCUCUUAAAGUUGAAGUAAAGCCCGGCGACAAAGUUUUGGACUUCUGCGCAGGCAGCGGAGGAAAGAGUUUGGCAUUUGGCCCGCAAAUGAUGAACAAGGGCAAGAUCUACUUGCACGACGUGCGGGAACGCAUGCUGCAGGAGGCGAAGAAGAGGCUCAAAAGAGCGGGAAUUACAAACUACACCAUUCUCGAGCCGGGAAACCCCACUUUGUCCAAACUUGUUGGGGCAGUGGACUGGGUUGUCUGUGAUGUUCCGUGUUCCGGAACGGGCGCGCUGCGGCGAAAUCCCGAAAUAAAGUGGAAAUAUAAAGACGAGAAGCUCAUGGACUUUGUUGCACUGCAACGGCACAUCUUCAGCAGCGCCCUUCAAUACGCAAAGCCCAAGACAGGGAAAAUAGUUUACAUCACUUGCAGCAUCUUGGACGAGGAAAACGUUCACCAGGCUAAGUUUUUCUGUCAACAACAUGGCCUGGUGUUGACGGAACCGCCGUUCCACUCACUUCCGACCUCACACGGGAUGGAUGGCUUUUUCUGUGCAAUAUUUUCUCGGCCAUGA